CCACCAUGCCCCCUCCGCCAGGAAUAACCGGUUCUCAGCUGCCUCGCAGGCAGUGGGUAUUCGCGUUCGCGCUUAUCACCUCCCUCUUCUUCACCUGGGGAUUUGCAUACGGUCUCCUUGAUGUGCUCAAUUCGCACUUCCAAACCGUCUUCGGUAUCACGAAGUUGCAGAGUACCCUGUUGCAAUUGGCAUAUUUCGGUGCUUACUUCGUAUGGGCACCAUUUGCCGGUGUAUAUAUGAGGCGGAAUGGCUACAAGAAAGGGAUUCACAUCGGCCUCGGCCUUUACUCCCUGGGGGCGAUCUUCUUCUGGCCAUCGGCCAAAUUCGAGAAGUACGGCGGCUUCGUCGCGUGCACGUUCGUAAUGGGCUGCGGCCUCUCCACGUUGGAAGUGGCCGCCAACUCCUACAUCGCCGUCCUUGGUACUGAAAAGUACGCUGCGGCGCGCCUCAACUUCAGCCAGGGCUUCCAGGGUGUAGCGUCCUUUGCUGGCCCGCUCAUCGCGUCUCGAUGGUUCUUCACCGGAAAGAACGCGACCAGUCUCGACACCGUCCAAUGGGUGUACCUCGCUGUGUCCGCAUUUGGUGUCUUACUGAACAUCUUGUUCUACUUCUGCCCCCUGCCCGAGAUCACCGAAGAUGCCUUAACCAAUGAAAUCAAAGAGCUAGGGUUGAAGGAGGACAUUGGGCCGUUUUGGAAGCAAUAUCGAUGCGUAUUCGGUUUCGUUGCGCAAACCUGCUACGUUGGCGCUCAAGUUGCGGUCGCCUCCUUCGUCGUCAACUUCCUCACAGAGCAAGGAAUCGGCAUCGCCCACCCAGAGGCCUCCCGCCUCUUCUCCUAUUGCCAAAUGACGUUCACGGCGGGACGCUUCGUUGGAGUCAUCCUCCUCAACUUCAUUGACCCUGCGCUGUUGCUCUCGAUAUACGGCCUCCUUUGCAGUGGAUUCUGCCUCGGCGUGAGCCAGGCGACCGGACGCGCGGGCGUGGGCUGCCUAUUCGCACUAUUCUUCUUCGAAUCCAUCUGCUAUCCUUGUAUCUUCACGCUGGGCACCAAGAACUUGGGCGUGCACGUCAAAAAAGGCUCCGGAUUGAUCGUCAUGGGCGUAGGUGGCGGAGCGUGGUACCCACCAGCCCAGGGCGCGUUGGCAGACAAAGCCUCCACACGGCGCUCGUACCUCGUUCCCGUCUCGGGCUACCUCACCAUGUCGAUCUACGCCAUCGGUCUCGUCAUCGACCAGACGACGAAGGGCGGCUUCCGCUUCCGGAAUGUGCACGACUCGGAACGGCUCAAGAAGUCGUCCCCGGAGGUGGACGAGUCCGGGCUUUACGCGCAUCAGCAAGCGCGGACUGCGGUGGAGAGCGCGUCGGAGAACGAGAAGGGAAGCAGCGAGUUUGUGGAGGAUGCAAAGCGGUAGAGAGCGUCGAGACCUGUUCAUUGCUUGCUUACGUUGCAACGACCUACGAGUAUUGUACGAUUAGACUGCAUGAUCAACGAAGUAAAGCCGAAUCCUUAU